AUGAUUGGGCAGCUUGUGCGGCCUGGGAAGGCGAAGCCCUUCAGGACCGCUUGUUAUGACCCGGACGGCGGCCCUUCGGUGGUGGCCGGUCUCUUUCUCGGCGUGCACAAUAGGGGCGUGAACCUCUUGUCGCUCCGCAACGCCGACCGAUCUCGCAACGCCCCGCAACGCCGUCAUACCGGCGCGCUUGCGGUUGUGAUUCUUGCGGUCGCCCCUCUGGCGACGGCGGCUGCGCCCGCGGACGACGUGUCCACUCGCUUUGUCGAGCAGCUUCGCGCCGAAGGCCAUGCCGACCUCGUGCCCGAGUACCUCGAGCGGGCGGCGAACGACCCACUGGUAUCGGACGCCUUCAAAAAGCAGAUCCCUUACCAGUUGUUGGCGUCGAAGUUGAACGCGGCCGAGGCGCUACGCGACCCGGCGGAACGGGCCGCGGCGCUCGCGGCGAUCGAGCCCGAGCUGCGCAAGCAAGCCACUGGCGACGACAACACCAAAAGCCUGUUGACCGAUGUCACCGAUCGCUUGGCGGUCGCCGCUGCGGACGAGGCGCGUCGCUUGGCGCUGGAGGCGGAGCGUCAUCCGGUGGCGAGUGAACGGGCCGAUAAACGCAAGGAGGCCCGCGCCGCGCUCGACGGCGCCCGGCAGAAACUCUCGGCGGCGGAGUCGUUGAUCUCUGGCGAGCGCGGGCAGCUGAAGGGGUCCCCGACGGGAAGCGAUGAGGACGACCGCUGGAAGACGCUGGGCGAUCGACUGGCGUUGGUGCGGCUGCUCAAUGCGCGCCUGAUCCAUGAGAAGGCGCAGACGUUCCCCGAGGGAGCGCCCGAACGCAAGCAGCUCAACGAACAGGCGGCGAAGGAACUCGGCGCGCUAUACGAGAAGUACUCGAAGUUCAUCGUUGGGCUGUACGCCCAUCUGUAUGAGGGCCGCUGCUACCGGCAGCUCGGCGAGAGGCAGUUGGCGGCGGGCGCGCUGGAGGACCUCACUGCGCAGCCCGCGCCGACGCCCGACCUGCGGAAGGUGGUGACGCUCGCUCACGCCGAGCUGGCGGCGCUGGCCCUGGACAAUGGCGACGCGGACAAGGCGCUCGACAAGCCGGCGGAGUGGCUCGAAGGCUUGGCGGCGGAUGAGAAGCAGGGCGUCGAAGCCGCGGCGCUGCGUUACCGGCUGGGCCUUGCGGCGCUGGCGAAGGCGGGCGACGACGACAGCGCGGCGGCGAAGAAGCUGCGGCGUGACGCGCGGGACUGGCUCGGCGAAUCGGCGCGCGUGCCGAGCGAGGUGCAGGCCGACGCCCGCGCGCAGUGGGUCGCCGUCAGCACGACGCUGGGUCUAGAGAACCCCGACCCGAAGACCUUCGACGAGGCGAUUGCCGCGGGGCGUGAAGCGAUCCAGACAAUGCUCGCGCUGGACCUUUCGUUGAAGGAGGUCGAGGGAGCCGAAGCCGCGCCCCUCCAAGAUCAACGCAAGGCAGCGUACGACGGGGCGUACUCGGCGAUGACCGCGGCGGUGAAGCUCGCCGACGAGAAGACCGACCCCGCCCAAGCCGCCCAAGCGCGGUACCAACUGGCGUGGCUCGAUUGGGACGGCGGCGACGCGGCGAAGGCCGCCAGCCGGGCCGCGCUCGUCGCGCAGCACGACAAGGAGACCGACUCGGGCGAGCAGGCCGCGCGGCUGGCGCUGGCGGCGCUCGAGCGACUCGAGCGUGAGGGGGCGGCCGACGCUUCCGCCCGUUUGCAGAAGAUGGCGGAGUUCGUACUGAAGCAAUGGCCCAAUAGCGAAGUGGCGGAGUCGGCGUCGUCGGUGUUGGUGGCCAGUGCGCUGCGUUCGGGCGACCUGCAAGCCGCCGAGCGGGUGCUGGAGACGGCGCCGCCCGUGUUGCUGGCGAUGCGGCAGGCGUUCGAUCAAGCGGUGAAGGACGAUGAGCCGACGCAACUAGCGGUGACGGCGGCGCUCUACUUGGCGGAUGCGGCGCUCGACGCCGGCGACAUCACUCAGGCGGAGACCCUGCUCAACCACCAAGGCUACGGGCCGGUCGCACGGCUUAACAAGAACGAGGCGCCCGCCGAUAGCCCGCCGUUCGCUUUGGCGACGCUCAAGUCGGCGAUCCGCGUCGCUUCGCUGACCGGCGAUGACGCGGCGCCGCUGGUCGAGAAGUACGCCACGACCCUCGCCGACGCGCCGGCGGAGACGACGGGCGGCGACCGAUCGUGGCUCGGUCUAGCGGUGGGGUUGCUCGGCGACAUCGAGUCGGCCGACAACACGUCGAUCAAGGCGCAGGUUGCGGCGACCUUGGCGGCGGUGCUCGAGCGUCUCGACGCGGUCGAGGCGCGGCUGCGUGUGGGUGAGUUGCUUGCCGAUGAAGCAGCGGCGGAAGCAAGUGUCGCCGCGGGGCGUGACGCGCUCGCCGGGUUGAUCGAGCAAGCCGAGCAGCAGCCGGGCUACGCGCCGUCGCCGACGUCGGUGCUCGCGGCGCGGCUGAAGCUCGCCGAAUGCCAGCGCACGUUGGGCGAUUACGCCAACGCGGUCGAUACGCUGACGGCGAUGAUCGACGGCGGCCCGGUGCUGCUCGACGUGCAACGCGUCGCGGCGGAGACGCUGCAGGCGUGGGGCGAAGCGACCAAGGACGCCAAGCGGCUCGAAGAGUCGAUCGCCGGCGCGCGACCGGGCGCCGAUGGCAAGAACCUCAUCUGGGGUUGGAGCAAGCUGGCCGCGGUCACCGGUCGUUACGUCGCCAGCGAUCCGGGCAAGCGCGAGGUCUACUUCGACGCGUGGCGCCGCGUCGCGGAGGCCCGUUACCAAGCAGCGAUGCUCGCCAGUGGCGCGGAGCGCACCGAGCAACUCCGCAAGGCGGCGAGCACCCUCAUCGCUGUCGAGCGCAAGAACCCGGAACUCGGCGGGCCCGAGAGUAAGCGGAGCGGCAAGAUCACCGCGGCGACGCGCGACGGCGUGACCGUCGAUACGGUUGACGGCGCGGUCAGCGUGCCGGUGGGCGACCUCCGCUUCGUAAUCCUGGAAGAAGAGCCGACGCUGCUCACGCAAGCGCGGAUCAAUUUCGGCAACGGCGGGUACGAGACCGCCGAGGAGAUGCUCAGCGGAUUGCGGGAGACCGGCGGCGCCCCAAAGCUCGUGAAGCAAGAGAUCGCUUACUACAAAGCGGCCUGUGCGGCGCGUCUGGCCCUCGGCGGCAGUGGCGACGCGCAGGAAGCGGGGCGGCAGCUGACGGCGUAUGUCCGUGACAACGGCGACAGCCUGCACUACUACGAGGCGGUUGAGACGCUCGGCGACCUGCUGGUCUCGCUGGGUCGAUACGAACAAGCCGAACGCACCUACGGGCAGAUCGCCAAGGCGCCGGGCAUCGCGAUGAAGGCGCGGGCGGCGCUACUCGUGGGGCGGAUGCACCAGCGCCAGGGCGAGCACGACGACGCGCUGAAGCGGUUCGAUGCGUUGAUUGCCGCCACGUCGAACGAUCCGGGAGUCGCCGAGGCGCAGCGGCUGGCGAAGCUGGCGAAGGCCGAGAGCUUGGCGGCGACCGGAGACCUGACCGCGGGACUCGAGAUCGCCCGCGAAGUGAUCCGUUCGGCGGACGAGCGCGAGGCUGCGACCUUGGCGGCGGGUUACAACGCUCUGGGACGCUGCUACGAAGCGGCGGGCGAGAGCAAGGACGCGUUGUUCGCCUACCUGCACACCGAUCUGCUCUUCAACACCGACCCGCUGACACACGCCGAGGCCCUGGCUCACCUGGGGCCGCUCUGGCGGGAGGCGGGGAAGCCUGACGCGGCGCGCGACGCACUCGACCGGUUGCGCCGGCAGUACGCGGCGACGCCGCAGGCCCGUUCGGCCGAGGUGAGGUAA